CAAAGCAGAGCAAAGGGCACAAGUCUCAGUGAUAGCAUUUGGCAUUCAAAGGGUCAAAGCCAUUGCUGAGUCACUAGCUGAUAACAUUACAGCAUUUUCCUACCAGGCAGCAAACAGACUGAUUCUUGUUAUAGUUCCUUUUUAUCCAGAGAGUGAGCGACACCCGAGGGUGUGUGGGAGACAGAGAGAGACUGGGAUUCUGCUUCAGUGUGGAUGAAAAAGACUGAAUCUAUUGGUUUGUACAUGUGGUUUUGAGAAUGAGAGGGAAGUAGAAAUCUGCAUGUGUGAGUGACUGUGUAGUAAGUGGGGAGCAUGGCUACCUGUUGCUUCUGAACCAAGGGAACACAUCAAAUAUAAAUCUGAAAGUGCUGUGCAUAUUCUGUAAGAAGCAAUGUCAAUUACAUGUGCCAAGGUGGCAUGGCUACCGUUGACUUUGGGAACUGCCAUUGGCUUCUUAAUGACUUUCUACUUGGUUCAAAUAAUUUUGGAGAGAAAUUCACUGCCUCCAUUAGUUAUUCGUUCAUGGAAGAAUAAUGAACUACUACCAGAGGAUGGAAUCUCCCAUUUUCAUCUUCCAGAAGAUACCAGUGCAAGCGAGGAACUCUACAAUAAGGUCAGAGUGCUUUGUUGGAUCAUGACUGGACCAUCAAACCUACAGACCAAAGCAAUUCAUGUGAAGAAUACAUGGACCCGUCACUGCAAUGUAGCACUAUUCAUGAGCUCCGUCACCGAUAAAGAAUUCCCUACAAUUGGCCUUGGAACUGGGGAAGGCAGAGACAAACUUUACUGGAAAACAAUACGUGCCUUCCAUUACGCACACAAGUACUACCUGAAUGAGACAGACUGGUUCUUCAAGGGAGAUGAUGAUACAUUUGUCAUUUUGGAAAAUAUGCGAUGGAUGCUUUCAAAUUAUACCGCUGACCAACCCAUUUACUUUGGGAAGCGCUUCAAACCAUAUAUCAAGCAGGGCUACAUGAGUGGAGGAGCUGGAUAUGUUCUUAGCAGGGAAGCCCUUAUUCGCUUUGUAGAAGGUUUCCGUACUGGUAUCUGCACACACACAACCUCAACAGAAGAUGUUGCAAUAGGUAACUGCAUGCAGCUAAUGGGAGUGAUAGCUGGGGACUCAAGGGACACAGAGAAACGAGAGACCUUCCAUCCUUUUUCCCCUGAAGGCCAUAUCACCAUGAAGUUUGUUGAUUCCAAGUCAUUCUGGUACUGGAGCUACUGUGUCUAUCCUAUAGUAGAGGGCCCUCAGUGCUGCUCAGAUCUGGCCAUAUCCUUUCAUUAUAUUAGUCCUGAACACAUGUACACUUUGGAAUAUUUAACAUACCAUCUCCGGGCAUAUGGAUACCAUUAUCGUUAUCAACCGUCAUUACCAAAGAAUGCAGAUAAGCUCCCUGUUUACAUUCAGAAUGAAGCUGUGAUACCUAAUAGAACCGUAUCUGACUUCUUAGAACCACCAAUGGGUUCAUAAAGAAUCAAGGCAAUUAGGACCUACAAUUAACUCUUAGUAUGACAUCCUUCAUGACUGUCAUCACUUUUUUAUGGUUUAUUAUUUACAUUUUUGUUUUGCAACUCCCCACUUUGGAAUUGUAGUUAUCCAUUUUAUUGAUGGGCUGACAGUUUGAUUUGCUUGUUUGGUGUUGCAGCCAAGUGAGACCUUAAGCCAAUUUGGCCAGCAACAUGCUGGGCCAAAUUGAGAUGAUCUGAUCAUAUGGUCCCCAGGCCAAUGCUUGGAAUAAAAUGAAGGCAUACAAAGACCUGUCUGGAGAAGACUGCAUCAAGAUGCUAAUGCAUUUCUUGCCUAAAAGGUAUUUUCAAACCUGCCUGACAGAUAUAAUUUAAACAGGCUCUCAGAACGGCCAGUACUUGGCCCAAUAACCUGUGUGUUUAACCUGGAGGGACCAAGUUGGCAACUUUUAUUGACCUGUAAAUAGACUGCUUUAAACUCAAUUAACUUUGAAACCAAGCUUUUAUUUGAAUGUCAGAUUAAAAAAAUAUAGGCACAAAAGCAAAAGCAAAGAAAAGAAACUAAAACUGUAAUAAUCAACAUCCAACCACACUAAAGUCCUGCCGUAGGUCAGGUACCCCUGGGUUACAAACAAAAGUGUUCAUAACCUGUGUUGUGGAAAGGACUUGAGAUGUAGUUAUGUGUGCAGGUUGGUGAGUUGCAUUACAGGUCUCGUGUAGAGAUUUUUUCCACUAAAACAUGGAAUAAUUCAGCCUAUGAAGAUGGACUUGUAAUAUAAUGUUUAGCUGGUUCUUUCUGGAUUAGACUGAUAUGUUAAGCAAAUGCAUAAUAUUUCACUAAAGGGUUAAGGCUGAUGCCACACGAGGCGUAGGGCUGAUAUUUUCGGCAAGCGGA